GGACGGAGGAGAUUCCGGGAAAAGGCGGCGGUGCUGGUGCUGGACUCCACUGCUCUAGACCUCGGUGUACUCGGUCGUGCUGUUGUGUGUUUCCUCGGUCUGACGGCGGACAACAUUAAUAUUUAUACGGUUAUUCGGAUACGUCGGGGGAGCAAAGUUCAGAAAAUAGAAGAACACCACAAAAUGACAUCGGACAGCAGAGCCAGCAAAGCCCUCCAGGUAAAGAGGGAGUGUGGGGAGAACGUGCCUGUGUUGUCGGACAGUGAGCUCAUGUCUCUGUCAGUGCGCGAGCUGAACCUGCACCUGCGUGGUUUAUCCAGAGAGGAGGUCCAGAAGCUGAAGCAGAGGCGGCGUACUCUGAAGAACCGUGGUUAUGCAGCCAGCUGCAGGGUAAAGCGUGUGUCCCAGCGCGAGGCUCUAGAGCAGCAGAAGAAGGAACUUCAGCGCGAGGUAGAAAGGCUCGGGGCGGAGAACGCAGGCAUGAGGCGAGAACUAGAGGGGCUUGGAGCUCGCCUAGCUGCCCUGCAGCGCUUCGCCCGCAGCCUUGAUUCUGCAGGGGGCAGCAUUCUUACUGCGACGCCUCGCCUUAACACCGCCUCGGUCAUCACCAUAGUGAAGAGCCCACAGCAAGGCCAUGCUCACAGAGAACAAGAAGCAUCCUAGAGUCAUUAACAACCCUCCCUCCACACACACACAAACACACACAGGUGCAAACCAGAUAGAUGACGAACCGGAUGACUGGACUCUUAAAGUAUGAAUAGGACGACUGGCAAACGUUAGGGUAUGAUGUAAUAGCUGUUAGCUUCAGAGUGAUGCAGGCAUGCUUUCAAAGUCUUCCUGCAUCAUGCCAUGCAUUUAGCCCACCACUGUGUUCUAUUCACAUUGUGCAUUGGUGAACUCAGAACGUCCAGGAUUGGGCUCUGUGCCCUAUUGCCUCAAAAUAUGUUUUUUUAAUAUUUAAAAUAAUUGUUUCUUUGGUUUUGUAGGUGAUAUAUUUGUUGUUUUGAACUGUAGAAUUGUGAAGGUAAACCUCAGUCCUUGUGUAAUGUUUGGCUUAUUACCAGUAUAAAUUAGAUAUGACUAAGUGAUUCCUAUAUGUUUACCUAUAUAUUAAAAUACAGAUGUUUAUUAUAAAUGUGUUUUCUGGUCUCACAUGGAAAACUAAGUCCUAAAAAUAAACCCAUUAACUUAUAAAUCUGAAGCAAAAAUGUCUUGAUGCUUUGAGGAAAGGUCAGUGAUUUGAGGAAGCUACAGAUUUAGCUGAAGCUCAAUUAAAAACUAUAACCAAAUUAAGCUUGUCCCUUCUGUUUUCUAAAUAAAAGGCAAGUCGACCGUCUCUUUGUGCCGAUUGGUUGAAUACAGCCAGCCACCGUUGACCUGGUAUCGCUGACUUCCAACUUUUACUAAAUUUGCUGGAAUAAAUUAUGAUUACUGCUAUUGAUUAACAGAAUGUCAGGCCAAUGUAAGCUUUAUACAUUCCUAUAUGCGUCUUUUUUAUUAUUUUAUAAACUAAUCUUUAAGAGUUAUUUUAUCUGUAUUUAAAUGAAGUCCUAAAAGCUAAAGAGUGCUGUGAUUUAAAGUCCAAAUACUGCUUAUUGUGUGACUAGUUUGGGAAUAUUCUCACGUCUGUUUAUUGUAAAGGGUAUCAUUUGUAUUCGGUGUGACUAUUGUAAUGAGCAUUUAAGCUAUGCCAGUGUUUUCCACUCCUGCUUCUGAAGUGACAGGACAAGUUAGCAGGGAAGUCCUGGUCCGAUACAGAUUAUGAAUAUUGACACCAGGGCUGCUAUUGGCGUACAUGUUGGAUCAGUUUGGAUACGACAUCUGACCCAGGUGAACGCAGCAUAUGAAAUAUGUUAAAGGACAAACACCAGCAUGUUGUCUGGUCUGCAAAACUUGGUUAACAUCAGCAUUGUAUUAAGAUUGGAACAGUGGAAAUCCUUCAGGAUAAAUUGAGGCAGUGUAGAAUCAGGACUGGAAAACAGCAGUGGAGAGCUAGCCUUUGACUGGAAUAAUAUCCAGUAUGUGUCAGGGCUGUAUUUGUGCUAUUAAAGUAUAGUGGCUUGUUUGUAGUACUAUUUUUGUAUUUGAAAUGCAGAAUAUUUAUAAUGACGAAAUCAUUCUGUAAGUUUAGAAAGUUUCACAUCAGGGUAAGAGAAGCGAAAGACAAAAAAAGAGCUGGGAAACGAUGGAUAAUAAAGGGCUUUAUGGAGGUAGGGCAGGUGGUUCUGGAAGUGCUAGAAAGAAGGAGACGGGCAUGAUUUGUGGUAGUAAAAUUAACCCAUGGUUGACAUGAGAAUGGUCAACUAUUAGCCUUACUAACUAGCUGAGAAAAGGUUUUAUGCUGCAAAUGUAUUUGCUUAUUGUAUUUAUAUGUUGAACCAUUUUAUUGCUGAAUUCUAUCAAAUGGUAAAGCUAUUUCAACAGUAAAUAUUGAACAUUUGAUUUAACACAACUUGUUCUCACUUUUUGGUUCUAAACAUGCUGGAUGUUUGUAAAGUAUCAAAACACAAGUCCUGUGUAUUUAUUAUGAAUAUUUUUGUAUUGUCAAAUAUUGUCUAUUUUACGCUAUUCAUUUAAAUAAAUGUAUAUAUUGUACAGAGAACUGUGUGCUCAUUAAAAGAAGCCUU